CAGCCUCAUUGACACAUUUCUGAGAUGGCUGCAAUUUGUUUUUCUGAAAGAUAUAUCUAUAAAGGGUCUUAAAGUUUUUUGGUCUUUCGAAUUUGCUAUGGUUUGGUUUGGUUUGCAGUUUCUUUUGAUGAACACAAAUUUGUCUUCAAGUCAUCCCUAGCUCCACCACAGAAAUCUAUGAGUUCUGCAUUUAAAUCUGUUGGUUGACAUUGUUAUUGAGUUAAAUAGCUAUGCAUGUCUGUUUGCCUGUGUGCAAAUGUAGAUUUGUGUAUGCAUAUGAAAACCUCAAUACGGAUCAAGUUAUUCAAGAAAUUUCGCAGAAGUAAUGCAAGAGUACAACCCAAAGUAAACAAGAAAUUUUUCAAAAGGGGUCUCCUCGGACUAGAAGGAUAGAAAAGCUUGACUUUAUAUUUUGUUAACCUUGGUGGUUGUUGAUACAUUUAUGGUAUCAUUAGGGUGGUUUAACCGUCGAACUUUUUGCUAUUGCUGUAUCAUUUAUGUUUUAUGGAGCUGAAUUAAGAUUAUAGCUGAAAGGUCCAAAAGGACACUGUAAAAUUGCAAACGGAAAGGGUUGAGGAAGUUGAAUGGGCAGCCAACCACCCAACAACCCCUUCUGAAAAGAGAAUCACACUCAUCUAAGACCUUAUAUAUUAAUGUAAAGAACUUGUUUGGUUUCAGAUGAAGCUUUUUAUAAGAGUGUCUUUUGCAUUUCUGCCAAUGUUUAAGGUCAGGAAGAACAUGGAACGUCUCCAGUUAGUCGAUAGUACGUAUAUUCUGGAAGUAUCAAUAGGCUGACUUGGUAGCUUUUCCACACCUGAUUAUGCAACUGCAAGAGAAACAAGAUUUGGUAUUUUGUAUGCAUAGAACUAGAAAUUAUGUGUUCAUAUUGGAAAACAAGCAAAAUGAUGGGAGAAAUUCUUAUGCUUGUGGAUAAAAAUUUCAUGUUUAUAAAUUGUAAUUGUUUUAGUGUACCCUUAUCCAUCCUUCUCUGGUUUCUUCUAAAAUUCUCUUGACAUUAUCAUAUCCAUUCUGUGAACCUAGCAAUGUUUGUCUGCACCCAAAAGUCUUUAGUAGUCAUCUGAGUUUACACCCUAAGGUGGUUUCCCUCUGUGUUAUGGUUGUAUAAUUUCUUUUCUGAAUUCUUAGGACCUUAACAAAACUUUGACAGGGAAAGCUUUGACAGCUCAAAGUGACAGCAACUUCAACGGUAAAGUUUAGGGGUGUUGGAAGUUGGUAAGUUUAACAACUGCUUUGAUAAGUAGCUUUGCAAAAUCUAUUAAGAAUAUAGUUUCCAAAUUUUACUGUUAUAGCACCUGACACAUACCUCCUUUUGUGACAACAGCUCAAUAGCCAUAGUCUUGAGGAAAUCUGGUUUAUUUGAUUAAUUUAGUCAAGGAUUAUACACGAUUUCUUGCAGAAGACAAGGUUCACAAAAGCAUUAUCGUUUAGUUAGUAUGCAGUUACAUCACAGUUUGCUCAAGACAUCACUUAUGCAUGGUCUACUUUAUAAACGAUAUACAGGAGGAAUCAAAAGUUCAUAAUUGAGCUCUAAAGAACUGUCUUUUAGCAUCUGAUCAGGAAUUUAAGGCUGAAUCACCAUGCAAAACACUCUGCAAGACUUGACAUCUCAUAUGUAACUGCAUGUCAAUGUUUUUGAAGCAAUGGCGAACAGAAAUUCUGAGACUGAAUCCAAGCAACGGGCAGUAUUGGUCGAAUGGUUGAAUAGUAUUCUUCCCAAUCUAAGUUUGCCAAUAAAAGCUUCAGAUGAAGAAUUAAGAGCUAACUUGGUUGAUGGCACCGUUCUAUGUAAAAUAUUGAACAGGGUUAGACCUGGUUCUGUAAAUGAGGAAGGUUAUCCCAAAAAUUCUUCAGUGUUGCGGUCAGAAAAUGUUAAAAGGUUUCUGACAGCAGUGGAUGAGCUAGGAAUACCCAGAUUUGAGGUAUCAGACCUAGAAAAGGGAUCUAUGAAGGCUGUUGUUGACUGCCUUCUAGGACUAAAAGCACAAUUUGUGCCAUCUGGAUGUAACUUGUCCACCACUAGUAUUAUUACUAAACCUGGAAACAUUCAUGGGGAUGCAUCAUCUCAUGGGCCUCUCACACCAUUAUCUCGAGAAAAAAGGUUGAAGGCUUCCUCAGAGUCAAAAUUACAACAGGCCUUGCACACUCCUUUAAUGUCAGAACCAUCAGCUGCAGUACUGCAUCAUGUGGGACACAAGUUCCAUGAGGUGUUUCAGUUGAAACAAGGGCGGUAUGCAGAUCUCCCUGCAACAAAAAUUUCAGAGAUGAUGAAAUCAAACAGUUUAGAUAAUGCCCCCACUCAGUCACUUUUAAGUGUUGUGAAUGGAAUUCUGGAUGAAAGUGUUGAAAGAAAGAAUGGUGAAAUUCCUCAUCGUGUGGCAUGUCUACUGAGAAAAGUUGUGCAGGAGAUUGAACGGCGUAUAUCAACUCAAGCAGAGCACCUAAGAACUCAAAACAACCUUUUCAAGGCUCGUGAGGAGAAGUACCAGUCAAGAAUCAGAGUACUUGAGGCCCUUGCAUCCGGAGCUGGUGAAGAGACUAAGCAUGUCACAAACCAGCUUCAGCAAAUAAAGACUGAGAACUCCAAAGUGCAAGAAAAACGGAAAGUUGAGGAGCAGGAGAUAAAACAGUUAAUGAAAGAAAAUGAUAAACACAAUCUUGAAAUCUCAGCACUGAAGCAAGAGUUAGAAAUUGCCAAAAAGAUGCAUGAGCAGCACUGCUUUGAAGUGGAAGCAGGGGUUACAGGUGCCAAAGCAGGACUUCAGAUAAGGAUAAAAGAGCUUGAGUGUCUCCUUGCUGAUUCAAACAAUAAGGUGAAAGAGCUUGAAGUAAUUUCCGAGUCAAAAUGCCAAAGGUGGAACGUGAAAGAGAACAUCUACCAAAGCUUUAUGGAUUUUCAGUUUGGUGCAAUGAAGGAGCUAAGGGUCACUUCUCACUCCAUCAAGCAAGAAAUUUUGAAAACACAGAAGAGCUAUUCUGAGGAAUUUAAUUACUUAGAAGUAAAGCUUAAAGCAUUAGCAGAUGCGGCCGCGAACUAUCAUGCAGUUCUUGCUGAAAACCGAAAGCUUUUUAACGAGCUUCAGGACUUGAAAGGAAACAUUAGAGUCUAUUGUCGAAUAAGGCCAUUUCUGCCUGGACAAACUGGAAAACAGACAAUCAUAGAAAAUAUUGGUGAAAAUGGCCAGUUAGUUAUUGCAAAUCCCUCCAAGCCAGGGAAAGAUGGCCAAAGAUCAUUUAAGUUUAACAAGGUGUUUGGUCCAGCUGCUACUCAAGGGGAGGUAUUUCAAGAUAUUCAACCAUUUGUGCAAUCAGUAGUUGAUGGGUACAAUGUAUGUAUAUUUGCUUAUGGUCAAACUGGUUCAGGGAAAACCUACACAAUGACUGGUCCUAAUGGAGCAACUGAAGAGGAAUGGGGUGUUAAUUAUCGUGCUUUGAAUAGUCUCUUCAAAAUCUCUCAAAAUAGAAGAAGCACCAUUCUCUAUGAAGUUGGGGUUCAAAUGGUCGAAAUAUAUAAUGAACAAGUGCGCGAUUUAUUAUCAAGUGGUGGUUCUCAAAAGAAGCUUGGGAUUACAACUAUCUCUCAACCUAAUGGGUUAGCUGUACCUGAUGCUACCAUGCUCCCUGUUACAUCAACCUCUGAUGUAUUGGAUUUAAUGAAUAUUGGACUCAAGAAUAGAGCUGUUAGUGCUACUGCUCUGAAUGAAAGAAGCAGUCGCUCUCACAGCAUUGUCACAAUUCAUGUUUGCGGGAAGGAUUUGAAGGUUGGCACUACUUUAUAUGGUAAUCUUCAUUUGGUAGAUCUAGCAGGAAGUGAAAGAGUAGAUAGAUCUGAGGUAACUGGAGAUAGGCUUAAGGAAGCACAACAUAUAAACAAAUCAUUGUCUUCCCUUGGAGAUGUAAUUUUUGCUCUUGCACAAAAGACUCCUCAUGUGCCGUACAGAAAUAGCAAGCUCACUCAAGUACUCCAGAGCUCUCUUGGUGGUCAAGCAAAGACCCUUAUGUUUGUGCAGCUCAAUCCUGAUGCCACUUCCUAUUCUGAAAGUAUGAGUACUUUGAAGUUUGCUGAACGGGUCUCUGGAGUUGAGCUAGGUGCUGCACGAAGUAGCAAAGAGGGGAAGGAUGUUAGGGAACUAAUGGAGCAGAUGGCAUCUCUCAAGGACACGAUAGCCAAAAAGGAUGAGGAGAUUGAGCGGUUGCAAUUACUUAAAGAUCUAAAAGGUGGAUACCCUAGCAUCAAUGGUGAGCAGCAUGGAACAAGCUCAUUGAGUGAUAAGCAUUUUGAAGCUGAUUACCAGCAGUCCACGGAUGACGAAAAGUUUACUGAAAUAUCUGAUGGUACUCUUUCUAUGGGAACAGAAACUGAUGGCUCAACUGAAUACACUCUUUCCCCUGAAGGCAUUAAUUUGGAAAAGACUAAAGUAGCAACAAGGACUCGACUUCAACAAAAACUCGCACAAGGGCUAACUGCAUCGAGAACAGACUCUUCGAGGGUUUCAACAAGCAUUAAAAAGAGUGUAAGCUCCACUUCGCUCAAGCCUUCUUCAAGAAGAUGGCAGUAAAUAAAGACAACAGAAGUUGCAGUUAUUCACAAUUCUUGUUUAUAGUCUGAUACUCAUCAAUGGUUUUUUGACUAAUACAUUACAUGUCAUCAAAACUUUGCCGAUGUUAUCUCAACUCUGAUAAGUUUCUGAAUUCGUUCUCCUCACAUAGGUUGUAGGCAGUUUUGCAUUAAUUGGAAUUUUGUUACAAAUUUUGAUACUUUUUACUGCACUCUUCUUUCCCCUUGGAUCAAAACUGUAAUUGAUGCUAUUGGUUCAUUGGAGUAUGUACAUACAUAUGUACAAAUUUGUAUACAUAUCCUAGUGUUCUUUA